GCCCCGCCCGCUCGGCCAGCAGUGACCCAAUAAAGUUAUUUUGAAAGUGACCCUGCCGGCGCGCCACCCGCAGCUGUCGGAAAUCAUGACUGAAGAUGACGGAUUCCGCGGUAGUGGUGGAGGGCCAGCUCAAGUGGAGAGAUGGAAAAAAGUGGAAGACGCGGUGGGCGGUGCUGCGCAAGCCUUCGCCGGUCGCGGGUUGGAAUCUGCAUUGGAUUCAGGAAAGUUCCAGAAGAUUGCUUACUCAUGCUGGUGUACAAGGAGAAGUAUGAGCGACUAAAGGGGUUGAAGGAGCGGAGCAGUGUAACACUGGAAGACAUUUGUGGCUUGGAACCUGGACUCUGUUAUGAGGGUCUGACUCACACACUUGCCAUUAUCUGCUUGACUCAAGUUGUGAUGCUGGGCUUUGAGAACAAAGAAACUAUGCAUGCCUGGGAUGUACGCAUCCGCUACUGCCUCGGUGAAGUUCACAGGUUUCAUGUUGUGGUUGCACCAGGAACUAAACUGGAAAGUGGUCCAGCAACUCUUCACUUCUGCAAUGAUAUUCUAGUACUAGUAAAGGACAACCCACCUACUAUUAUGGGGCAGUGGAAACUCUCAGAUCUGCGACGGUAUGGAGCUGUUCCUAAUGGAUUUGUCUUUGAAGGUGGAACUCGAUGUGGCUUCUGGGCUGGUGUUUUUUUCCUGUCUUGCACGGAAGGAGAGAAGAUCAGUUUUCUUUUUGACUGCAUUGUUCAUGGCAUCUCUCCAAUGAAAGGCUCUUUUGGCUUACGUCCUGUUCUACCAGAUCCCAGUGCAAACCCUGCGUGCAUGGAAGAGAGGGUGGCCCAUGAAGCUUUGCAGUUAGAGAAGCGCCUCAGUCUUCUGUCCCAUGCAAGUUACCAUGGCAGUGGAGGUGAAGAUAGAAGUUUAUCAAGUUCAUCUUCAGACACAAGCCGUUCUGAUACUAGCAUUGGAAGCAGGUUAACUAUUUGGCCUGACCAGUCUUCGGCCAGUACUUCUCAAGAGAGUCAUGGAAUAGCUGCAGUAAAAUGUAGUCACCUUGGGGAAGAAAAAUCCCACUCAGAAGUUAUCCGCAGUAUCACCAAGCCAACUUCUAAACUUCUUCGCUCUAGACAGCUACAAGAAAUAGGCCGCCAAAGUUCUUCUGACAGUGGGAUAGCUACUGGGAGUCACUCUUCCUACUCUGGAAGUUUCUCCUCCUAUGCUGAGAGUUUGGACAUUUGCCAUGGGGAUGAAUUUGGGUCGUUGUUGAGCCUGCCACUGAACCUUUCUUCAGAGCAGAAUGUGUGCACUUGUCUGCAUAGUGACCAGCAGAAAAGCCCUGGGUUGGAGUACCAGGUUCCCAGCUCCCUCAGGCACACCUAUGACACACCCAGGAGUUUGUUGCAGAUACCUGCUAAAGAUGUACAGUGUUCAGGUCCCAACUUCUCCCAAUCAAAGGACCAGACACCUCAAGAAAUAGAUGACCUGAAUCUUUUGGUACCACAUCUGGAAGCACAAACCGCUCCUGGAUGCAGCAGAGAAAAGGGCAUGCAGGCAACCUUCCGCGUAGAAAGUACAAAAGACUCAUUCUCUGAUGAAAGCAUGGACUUCAUUUUACGUCAGCCACACCUAAGACAGCAAGGACAGGUGUUAGACUCUAGAAACACUGAGGGGACUUCAGUUGGUGGGGUCUCCAGCAGCAUAAGUGAAAUAUGGUGCUCCCUUGCAGGGACAUCACGAGCGGUCUUUUCAUCUUGCCCAAUCUGUGGUGGGCUAAAGGAAACUUCAGUUUUAUCAUCUGAGGUCUUGUCAUCUAACCCAGGGCCUAAAGGAAGCUAUGAAUUGAUGAUACCACUUACAGAGUCUGGCUCUCCACCUGAUCCUGAAGAAGCUGGAGCAGUAGGUUAUUCAGCAGAUCCACCCACGUCUGAUCGACUGGGCAAUGAGAUGGCUACAUAUGUUAAUAUUCCUACCAGCCCAACAUCAAAGAAACAGCUUCAUUACAUGGAAUUGGAACUCCAGGAACCUAGUACAAGCAUAAGAGGGAGUGAAUCAACCAAAUAUGCACAGAUUGAUAUUACAGCAAUGGAGACAGCACAUAAAGUGGGAACACAACAUGCUCAGUUUCGAGAAGAACGCCUACAAGAGCUUGAACAAAAGAAGAAAGGCAGCCAGUCAUCUUCAUCUUAGAAGAAACAGUGCAUUAACCCUGUUUGUACAUGUUUUAUGAAGUUAUUAAUUUAACUAAACACUGCCGUUGUUUUUCAGAACUGCACCAGAUUCAUUCCAAUUUAUUGAUUUCUGCUUUGAAAACUGGUAGCAUGGUUUGUGUGUGUUGUCUGAAUAUUAAAAACUGGUUGUAAACAUAUGUAAUAGAUCACAUACUUUGUAUUUUUAUCUGAUUAAAUCAUGUAUCAACUGCACAUGAUUUUUAAACAAGCAUUUAAUUUAAAGGAAUUUGAAUGAGAUGUAAAUGUAGCUAAGUAUACAGAUGUUUUGCUUUAUACAGCAUGUGUAUUGACAAAAUACCGUGCUUUGUUAAGAGAUAAGAUGGCUUUUCGUGUCAGUUUUCAAAAGUGAAAGCUAUUAUUACUACUACAGUCAUUCCUCCACAUUUGUGGGUUUGACUUUUGUGGAUUUGAUUUUUCACAGGUUUGAUUAAUAUGUACUCUCUAGAAAUGUCAGUGGAAGUUGAUCACUAAAGUCAAGCCACAGUGCCUUGAGAUUUCUAGAGAGGCGUUAUCUCAGGUUAAGAAACAUUGUUGUUUUAAUUUGUGGUUUUCCCACCCCUGCACCCCUAAUUCCAGGGAAUGUGGAGGGCCCACUGUAUUAUGAUUGACUUUAUUUAUAUCCUAUUUUUUCAGAAAAAUGGGACUGAAGGCAUCUUACGAAUUUAGAUAAAGUAGUUAAAACAUACAAAAUAUCAGCAUUAAAAUAGAAUUGAACUACUAACAACAUUUAAAAACAAUUUACAAUUCAAAAGCUUAAAAUGAUAAAAACUAAGGGAAACUAGCAAAAAUUGUAUGUGUACUAUAUUUAUGUGUUAUGGAUUAGAUCAGGGGUUCUCAACCUUUUUAAACAAAGGGGCAGUUCACAGUCCCUCAGAAUGUUGGGGGGGGGGGGGGGGCAGACAAGUUUGAAAAAGACAUGAAGCAAUUCCUAUGCGUGGACUGUACAUAUCUUAUUUGUAGUGCAAAAAAAAUGAAAGAACAAUACUAUAUUUAAAAUGAAGAACAGUUUUAUCCAACAUAAACAUACCAGUAUUUCAAUGGGAAGUGUGGGCCUGCCUUUGACUGUUGAGAGAGUCAAAUUAAUUACUAUUGUUGUUGUUGUGUGCCAUCAAGUUGUUUCAGACUUAGGGCAACCCUAAGUUUAGAGUUUAGGCUGGAGGUGAGUAAAUGACCUUGGAGGGCCACAUCCGGCCUGCGAGCCUUAGUUUGGGGACCUCUGGGUUAGAUGAAGAAUGCAUAGGACAACCAUAAUGUUUGGAGAUGUAUAGGACAACUAUGUUUCUUUAAUCCAGUUUUUGUAAGCAGUGGGUUAAGACAGUGUCGAUGUUCUCCUUGCAGAGCCCCAUUUGAUCCAAACAAAUGCAACUCCAGUAAUAGAAAAAGCCUCUUCUCUGCAGCCUUGAAUGGCUCCUUCUGAAUUGUUCUGGAGGAUCCUCCAAACAUCUGGAUUUUUUUUUAAUUGUGUCAGAAGCGACUUGAGAACAUACUGCAAGUCUCUUCUAGUGUGAGAGAAUUGGCCGUCUACAGAGACGUUGCCCAUGGGACGCCCGGAUGUAUUACCAUCCUGCUGGGUGACUUGUCUCAUGUCCCCGCAAGCUAGAGCUUACAAACAAGAGCUCAUCCCAUCUCGUGGAUUCAAACCGGCAACGUUCAGGUCAGCAGUCCAACCAGCACAAGGGUUUAACCCAUUGCGCCACCAUGGCUCCUUUGCCUCUGGAAUUGAUAGGGAAGAGGUACAGUGCCUGGCAGGGAAACAACAAAGAACAAAUAUCAGCUUCUCUUUCUCUGUUAGUGGAGGUGACCUACAGGAUAAAAGCCACUCUGCAGAAUCUAUUAGAAUCUGACCGGCAAUGUUACUAUGAUAAUGAAUAUAAUCACUGAUCUGUUUCUGCUUACCUAUGGGAGAAACGGCACUAUUGCUAGGGUACAUUCACAGCUUACAUAAUUUUUAAAAAUUCAAAGUUUUUCAAUUUUUAAUAUAAGCGACAGUGUACUACUAUACCAUUGUAUAUAAUAGGACUGGGUUAUUUUGGUAUCCAUGCCGUGUAUGCAUAUAUCACACAACAGCAGCUUUUAUUGGCACACACAAGCAGAAUCACAGUGGAGAAAUGUCUAUACAACAAAAGGAGGUCAUGGAUAAAAAAGAAACAGGAUUAAAAAUUACAAAAAUCUCAAGUAUAAAACUUGCAAUAGUCUCACAAAAGAAUGCAUCAAUUGUUAAGGAGAGAUGGAAUUUUAUUACACUCUUGCCAUUGGGAACACUCCAGAAAACUGGAAUUCCUGUAUUCCAAUGUAUCGUUGAAGGCUUUCAUGACCAGAAUCACUAGGUUGCUGUGAGUUUUCCAGGCUGUAUGGCCAUGUUCUAGAAGCAUUCUCUCCUGAUGUUUUACACACAUCUAUGGCAGGCAUCCUCAGAGGUUGUGAGGUCUGUUGGAAACUAGGCAAGUGGGUUUUAUAUAUCUGUAGAAUGUCCAGGGUGGGAGAAUGAGCUCUUGUUUCUUUGUGGCAAGUGUGAAUGUUGCAAUUGAUCACCUUGAUUAGCAUUGAAUAGCCUUGCAGCUUCAACGCUUGGCUGCUUCCUGCCUGGGGGAAUCCUUUGUUGGGAGGUGAUAAGCUGGCCUUGAUUUUUUGUUGUCUGGAAUUCCCCUGUUUUUGAGUGUUGUUCCAACAAACUUCACAACCUCUGAGGAUGCUUGCCAUAGAUGUGGGGGAAAGAUCAGGAGAGAAUGCUUCUGGAACAUGGCCAUACAGCCCAGAAAACUCACAGCAAUUCCUCUAUUUCAUCUGUACCGUAUCACGUACAGAAACCAAGUCACAUGAACAAACCCUUUUAGAACAUCCCAUAUUGUUGUAUCUCCCAUCCAAAUGAGUGGAUGGCAACGCUACCUUUUGUAGUAGCCAAAACUCUUAUUUGGGUGGGAUUAAUCAAAAUGCGAAUAUCCUGGAACCAGAACAUUCCUGGAAUCACACUGCAGCGGAUACCAAGGGCCCACUCCUCUUUUUCCCACCCCAAGCCUCUGCCUUAAGUAUUGCUGUGAAUCUUGGUCUGAGUCACAGUACAAGUUAAGCCAAAAAACACAUCAUCACUCUGAAUGUUUGAGUGUGAUUUACUGCUGUUCUUUGCCAGUUUAUGUUGUAAAUAAAAGCAGUGUUAGGUCAAGAAUAUGCAGGGCACCAAACAUCAUCAAAUGAAAUUAAAUUUGUGCUGUUAAUUUGCCAGCCAAGGGCACCAUGGAUGAACCAAGUAAUAAUUUGUAAUUUACAUACAAAUCAGUUGAAAGUGUAUUUUGUUUCAUCUUUUUUACUGCUUUGCUUGGACUUUUGAAUAACGGCGUGUAUAGUGAUCUCAUCUCUUAACAACAAAGUUGUUAUAUCAAUUUUCUAGGGUGGUGGUUUCUUUUUUACACAAAUCGUUUUUUUCUACAAAAGCAGCAUCUUUUCUUUUUUUGGUGUUGAAAGCAAUUGGUCCCUCUGAAUUCAGUGAUGUCAUAUAAAAUAAAUGAAUCUUACAGACUAUCAAAUCUAGUUUACUCUUUUACUCUGUAGAAGGGGAGACAUACAUUACACAGUCCAACAAAAUAUUCCUUUUUGGUGUCUUGGUUUUUAGACCUAUUCCUGGAGUUAUUUGGGGCACUGAUUCAGAAAUUGGCAUUGGACAGACCGCACCAGCUCUAGGUUCAUAGAUAUGGUUAUCAUGAUUUUCUAUGGGCGAGCAGAUAGUAACUGUGUCUCAAAAACUAGAGCUGAUAGGAGGAAAAUUUUUGGUAUACCUAGAAACAACUGACAUUUUAGGCACCAAAAUAUGUAUUGGCCAGUGUAACUCAUUUAUGUUGAUGAUAGUAUUUUCUUCCUUUACUUCAUUAUGCAUGUAAUAUUAAUUUUGGUUCAGCACUUGAGAAAUGGAAGAGAUAAUAUAUGCAAAAUUAAUAUCUCCUCAAGAAAAUAUGGACUUGCAUUUAUACUUUGCCGUAAAAUUGGUUCCAAAAAUAACAAUGGAAAAGAAUUACUAUUAUUUUUUGUAAUAUUCAAUAGAAUUUUAUAAUUAUUUUAAAAAUUGAAACAUAACAUGGAAUUAGUGAUAUUUCUUUCUUUUUUCAUUCAUUCUUUCUUUACCAAAGCCUAAUAAACUAAAGUCACUGUCUUCUAUUAACCAUUUCAACAUUUUCCAUAGCUUUAAAGUCAUAAAAAUCAGCAUUAUCAUUUUAGGGAAAUAUAUUUUAAGAUAGUCUAUGUUCUUUGCCCAUGCUUUGUGUUUCUUGCAGCAUAUUGUUUUCUAUUUCAAAGGCUUACUGGAAAUCAAAUCAGCAUUUUGGCUUCCUGUAUUGAACUAUUGAAGAAAUGAUCAUCUGGAAAUGUAUUGCAUUUUUAUUUUCAUAUUAAAAUGUGGACACAUUUCUUUUAAAAAUGCAACGUUUAUUGUUUUUCAUAUCUAAUGGUUGACCUAAUAUACAUUAAAUUAUAGACAGACCUCUGAUGAAAAAGACUAUUUAAACAUUUUAUACAUGUUUUAAAUGUGUUUUUGAGUGCUGAUUCUGAAAAACAUUAUAAAAAUGUAAUCUGCACAAUUCUUUCACAAUUUUUAUUACAGAUUUCAGUGUUUGUUUUGCUCAAUCAUGUACAAUAAAUUUGCAGUUAACUGGCCCCAUGGCGAUAGGUAGAUGCUGGAUGAAUGUAGUUUCUGUUUCUUUGAGAGUUACUAUCAAAAACAGGCCUAAUUCUAUACCCCAUACUAUAUCGUAACAUACACUUUGUAUUGACUUGAUAUUAAUGUUGAAAUACAAUAAUUAAAAGCAAUUAAAGAUAAAGACAAAUUUAAUGCAAUGUAACCCCAUUUUACUACAUUAUAAAACAGCUUUGUGAAUAGAGUGUGUUAUUUUUAGUUAAUUUUUAUAGCUAGUUGCUUGAGUUCCAGUUAACUGUCUCCUGUAUUGCGAUGCCUUUGAAAAAUCCUGCAAAUCUCUUGGGAAGGCAGGCAAAGAAACAUCCACAUUCUGAAAGAAGCAUUGAAGUGAUGAUCCUUAGUUGACUGGCUAUGUUGUUCAAAUGCCCGGUCACUGUUUCCCAAAGCAGUUACUUUACUCUUAGUUCAAGAAUGGAGAGCAGAAUGUCAGUGGACAGCAAAAGAGAUUUACAGACUGGCUUAAAACUAACCUUAAAAAUAUGGAACUGGUAAGCCCUGGCACUUGAACGUUCAAACUGGAGGUCAGCUGUUACCAACAGGGCUAUGGGUUUUGAAGAGGGAGAAAUAGAGAAAUGCGACAAGGAAGGAGCAUCAAGCCAACUCUCAUGACCACCUUCCAUCUGGAAAUGUAUGCCUUCAAUAAGAAAGACCAUGCAUAUCCAGAAAAGGUCUCCACAGUCACUUGCAGACCCACCCCCAAGACUCUACCCUUAGAAAACUAUCAUACUCAGCCACAAGUGAUUGCCGAUGAUGACAACAACAUGGAAACCUCAAAGCAAAUUGUGAAAAAAAUGGUCGUUUUUGUAUGUAAAAUGCUAAAUUUCUAUAAAAUCAGCAUACAUAUAAAAUUAUUUUAUUAUCCACAA